GGCGGAGGGGCGGAGGGCUGCGAGGCUGGGGCGUUAGCUGCGUCCCGGCCCGGAGCCCGCGAAGAGGACGAGGAGGAAGGCGCCGCCGUGGCCGCAGCCACAGUGCUCGGAGCGCGACGAGCCAUGAGCAGCGGCCCCGCGAGCGACCCCGCUGUCGCUGGCCGCCGCUGAGCCCGGCCGGGGGACGGCUCGCCGCUCCCCAGCACCCUUCGCAGCCGGCACCCUCUCGCCCAGAGGUAUGUAGUGGUUUCCUAAGGCAUACCUGAGGUUUCUUCAUGGACAAGUCAUUAAAAUGCCAUCCAGAUGAGCGAUGAGGACAAGUGGUCUUAACCCUCUCGUCACAAUACUGCAGAAUCGUCAGAGCCAAUCAGCUUUAUGUGUUUUUACAUUCUCUCUAUUUUUUGAUGAUUUAUGUAAGCCCCAAAGAAACAUGAUUCCGGUGACGGAGUUCCGGCAGUUCUCUGAGCAGCAGCCUGCCUUCCGGGUUCUGAAGCCAUGGUGGGAUGUAUUUACCGACUACUUGUCCGUGGCCAUGCUGAUGAUUGGUGUGUUCGGAUGCACUUUGCAGGUCAUGCAAGACAAGAUAAUCUGCCUUCCAAAAAGAGUGCAGCCUUCUCAGAACCACUCUUCCGUUUCGAAUGUCUCUCAAGCAGUGGCCAGUACCACCCCACUGCCUCCACCGAAACCGUCUCCUACUAACCCAGUCACUGUGGAAAUGAAAGGACUGAAGACAGAUUUGGACCUUCAGCAGUACAGCUUUAUUAACCAGAUGUGCUAUGAGCGAGCCCUCCACUGGUACGCCAAGUAUUUCCCUUACCUUGUCCUCAUCCAUACCCUGGUCUUCAUGCUCUGUAGCAACUUUUGGUUCAAAUUCCCUGGUUCCAGCUCCAAAAUAGAACAUUUCAUCUCAAUCCUGGGGAAGUGUUUUGACUCUCCCUGGACCACAAGGGCUUUAUCUGAAGUGUCUGGGGAGGACUCAGAAGAAAAGGACAACAGGAAGAACAACAUGAGCCGGUCCAACACCACCCAGUCUGGUCCAGAAGGCAGCCUGGUCAACUCUCAGUCUUUAAAGUCAAUUCCUGAGAAGUUUGUGGUUGACAAAUCCACUGCAGGGGCUCUAGAUAAGAAGGAGGGUGAGCAAGCGAAGGCUUUAUUUGAGAAGGUGAAGAAGUUCAGGCUGCACGUAGAAGAAGGUGAUAUAUUAUAUGCUAUGUAUGUUCGUCAGACUGUACUUAAGGUUAUAAAAUUCCUAAUCAUCAUUGCAUAUAAUAGCGCCCUGGUUUCCAAAGUCCAGUUUACAGUGGACUGUAAUGUUGACAUUCAGGACAUGACUGGAUAUAAAAACUUUUCUUGCAAUCAUACCAUGGCACACUUGUUCUCAAAACUCUCCUUUUGCUACCUGUGCUUUGUAAGUAUCUACGGAUUGACGUGCCUUUAUACCUUAUACUGGCUGUUCUACCGUUCUCUGAGGGAGUACUCUUUUGAGUAUGUCCGGCAGGAAACUGGAAUUGAUGAUAUUCCAGAUGUGAAAAAUGACUUUGCUUUUAUGCUUCAUAUGAUAGAUCAGUACGACCCUCUGUAUUCCAAGAGGUUUGCAGUGUUCCUAUCUGAAGUGAGUGAAAACAAAUUAAAGCAGCUGAAUUUAAACAAUGAGUGGACUCCGGAUAAACUGAGGCAGAAGCUGCAGACGAAUGCCCAUAACCGCCUGGAAUUGCCUCUCAUCAUGCUCUCUGGCCUUCCAGACACUGUUUUUGAAAUCACAGAGUUGCAGUCUCUAAAACUUGAAAUCAUUAAGAAUGUCAUGAUACCAGCCACCAUUGCACAGCUAGACAAUCUCCAGGAGCUCUCUCUGCACCAGUGCUCGGUCAAAAUCCACAGCGCGGCGCUCUCUUUCCUGAAGGAGAACCUCAAGGUCUUGAGCGUCAAGUUUGAUGAUAUGAGGGAGCUGCCCCCCUGGAUGUAUGGCCUCCGGAACCUGGAGGAGCUCUACCUGGUUGGCUCUCUAAGUCACGAUAUUUCCAAAAAUAUCACCCUUGAGUCUCUGCGGGAUCUCAAAAGCCUUAAAAUUCUCUCUAUCAAAAGCAAUGUUUCCAAAAUCCCGCAGGCAGUGGUUGAUGUUUCCAGCCAUCUCCAGAAGAUGUGCAUACACAACGAUGGCACCAAGCUGGUGAUGCUUAACAAUCUGAAGAAGAUGACCAAUCUGACAGAGCUAGAGCUGGUCCACUGUGACCUGGAGCGCAUUCCUCACGCCGUGUUCAGCCUGCUUAGCCUCCAGGAAUUGGACCUCAAGGAAAAUAAUCUGAAAUCUAUAGAAGAGAUCGUUAGCUUCCAGCACUUGAGAAAGUUGACAGUGCUAAAACUGUGGCAUAACAGCAUCACCUACAUCCCAGAGCAUAUAAAGAAACUCACCAGCCUGGAGCGCCUCUUCUUUAGUCACAAUAAAAUAGAGGUGCUGCCUUCCCACCUCUUCCUAUGCAACAAGAUCCGAUAUCUGGACUUGUCCUACAAUGACAUUAGAUUUAUCCCGCCUGAGAUCGGAGUUCUACAAAGUUUACAGUAUUUUUCCAUCACUUGUAACAAAGUGGAGAGCCUUCCAGAUGAACUCUAUUUCUGUAAGAAACUCAAAACUCUGAAGAUUGGGAAAAACAGCCUAUCAGUACUUUCACCAAAAAUUGGAAAUUUACUGUUUCUCUCCUAUUUAGAUGUUAAAGGCAAUCACUUUGAAAUUCUCCCUCCCGAACUGGGCGACUGUCGGGCUCUGAAGCGAGCUGGUUUAGUUGUAGAAGAUGCUCUGUUUGAAACCCUGCCUUCUGAUGUCCGGGAGCAAAUGAAAACAGAAUAACUUAUUUUUGUUUAAAGUUUGACUGAAACAUGCUUCUACCAAAUACAGUAUAAAUAAUUAGGUAGUCUUAACGCCUUUCCUAUUUUAUUAUUUUUUUCUUUUUCACACAAAACAAAAUGUACACAAAGACUGA